UAAGGUGUUAGUCGUCUCCUGCCAUCCGCUGUUUGAGCACCAUGAUGCUGCGUUUGUCAGCUGGAGAUUUGUGACAUGAACAUCUUUUUUUAUGAGUUGAAGGGUGCAUUAGACAGUGAUUAGAGUGUUCUUGUUUGACUUGUGGAGUGAACGAGUCUGUCAUGUGGAGAAUUGAUGUUGAUUCUGUUUUGGAAACUGGCGGGCACGUGAUUAAUUGCUGAGUGAAUUGACUCGUGAUUUAUUGUGUUUACAAAGAAUUAAUGACGUGAGCAUCUGGCCUGAUUUAAAUAAGGACUUUUAUCGACAACUUGACACUCUUGAUAUUAUAAAUUAUAGUGAGAAAAUUAAUCAUUACUCAAGAGUCUUUGUUUAUCGUGCCAUUAGCAAAUCGUGACUGGAUUCCUGCGCCGUUUCGAAAUGUCAGCUCCUCACAGCUCGAAGUGACGAGUCGAAGGCUAAGCACCGACGCUCGUGCCAUGAAACGGGCUCCUCGAGGGUGAUGUGCGACGCCCAGGGGAUGCCCCAGACCGUGUGAAGGCGCGGCGUGUGAAAGUCUCCCGAAGGACCUCGUCUCGACAAGCAUCUCAGCGCCCGCGCAGGACCGACGCCGCGAAGAUGGGCGAGGUGGCCGAGGAGAGCUUCGACAACUACGGCAACAACCGCAUGAAGACGGUGGUGGACAGAGUCAACCGAAAUGCGAGGUGCCGCUGCUGCCUGUGGAUGGUGGCGCUGUGGUGCGCGGCCACGGUGAUCUUCAUGCUGGCGGGAUACGACCGGGUGGUGCACUCGGUGGCCGUCGACCAAAUGGUGCUGAAGCAGGGCAGCCAGAAGUACGAGGCGUGGGUGGACACGCCCGUGCCCGUCUACUACAAGGUGUUCGUCUUCAACCUGACGAACCCCGAGCAGUUCAUGGCGGGAGGGCGGCCGCGGGUGCAGGAGCGCGGGCCCUACGUCUACCUCCUGAAGGAGUCGAAGGAGGAGGUCAAGUUCCACAAGAACGGGUCGGUGACGUACCGGACGCGGCCGCUGUACUUCUUCCAGCGGGACAUGUCCGCCGGCUCGGAGGACGACGUCAUCAUCUCCGUCAACAUCCCCUUCGUCAACGCCGCCGACGCCGUCAAGGACCAGGGCUUCCUGCGCAUGGUCAUCCAGAUCGCCAAGAAGAUCCACGGCUUCGAGACCCUGCGGAAGCUGACGGUGGGCGAGCUCCUGUGGGGCUACAAGUCGCGCGUGAUCGACUGGGCGCGGACGCUGCAGGAGCUGCCGUACCCGCACCAGCUGUUCGGCCUGCUGGUGGGCUUCAACGACUCCAUGCAGGAGCCGUACACGAUGCACACGGGCAAGGGCGACGCGGCCAAGAUGAACCAGAUCAUCGCGUGGAACGGCCGCGAGCGCCUCGACUUCUGGAGCGGCGAGCGAUGCAACGAGAUCCGCGGCACCGACGCCAACGGCUUCGCGCCCGGAGUCAGCAAGCAGGACACGCUCUACAUCUUCAACGGGCAGCUGUGCCGGGCGAUCCCCCUCGUCUACAACGACACCGUCAUCCAGUCGGGCAUCGCCGCCUUCCGCUUCGUGCCGCCCGACGACGUCUUCUCCUACGGCAAGGCCAACCCGCACAACAACUGCUACUGCAGCGGCGGCGGAUGCCCGCCCGCAGGCAUCCUGGACAUGAAGCCGUGCUACUGGGGCGCCUCCGUCGGCUUCUCCUUCCCGCACUUCUACAAGGCGGACCCCAAGCUGAGGCACAUCGUCCGUGGGCUCAGACCGGACGAGACGAAGCACCGGACGGAGUUCGACAUCUACCCGGACCUCGGGGUUCCUCUGCGGGUGAAGCUCCGCAUGCAGAUGAACGUCAUGCUGGACCGCAGCCAGGCCCUUGAGCGCGCCCGCCACUUCGACGUGGUCCUGCCCAUCUUCUGGUUCGAAGUUGGCGUGGAUUCCUUGCCCGGCGAGGUGGUCGGGCUCCUCAAGCUGGCGCAGAACCUGCCUCCCGUCGUCAAGACCACGAGCGUCACGCUGUGCACGGCCCUCACUCUCAUCUUCCUGAUGCUGCUGCUGGCGCAGACGGUGGCGGCGUGGUGCGGCUGGGGCUCCUCGGGGACCAGCAAGCGCCCCCACACGCCCGAGCACCUCCCGGCCCACCACCACUAUCGGACGUCGACGCCGCCGUGGGACUUCGAGGACAUGCACAAGGCCAGGAACGGCUCCCCGAACGGCUACAAGGAGCCGCUGCCCGCCGACCUCCCUCAGCCCGGCAUAGACAUCCCGAUCAUCGACGACCACACCCUGCUUCCUCCCUACCGCCGGCGGGACACCUCUGACUCGGCCAACGCCUCGGCGCCGCCCGACGAGGACGACGACGACCACGUGGACGGCGACCAGAUCCCGCCGCCCUACAGCCCGGGGCCGCAGCAGCGCACGCCGUCCACGGUGUCCGUCGAGAUCCACACGACGGCCUCCGACGACGACCUCCCCGAUCUCCCUGUGGAUCCUCCGCUCAUGCACACGGUGCCCUUAGACCAGUGUCCGCCGGAGUACGACGAGGCGACGGAGGACCUCCCUCCUCCCGAGGACAUGGACGAGCCCCAGAAAGUGACGCCGUCCACGCCCCCGCCGCAGCCGGGCGAGCCCGUCGUGGCGCCCUUGGCUCGCAUCGACGAGACGCGCAUCGACGGCAGCUCGGGGCCGUCCAACCCGCCGACGCCUCCCCAGCGACCCCCGCGGUCUCCCAAGUCGCCGAGACGACAGUCGCCGUCGCGCUCGACGCCCUCGCCGAGGCCGACGGCGCCGCUGGCGACCUCGAGUCCGCACGGGUCCAAUGGUGUUAGUGCUAGUCGGAGCGAUCUGCCGCCGCCCCUCGAGUCGGACUUAUGAGGGGCGUGGACAGUAAUUCACUUUUCUCUUAUCAUUUUCAGUUAUCGCCAUUGGCCGGGCACAGACAGCGCUCGAGUGCACGUUGCCUGGCCGAUAGAAAGCUUCCACAAUUGAAGAAAAGCUUAGAUAGCAAUUAAGUGCUUUCCUGCCAUAAGUAUUCAUUAUUCGCUGUGAUCUUACGACAUGACAAUCAUUCGUCCUGCGUUUGCGCCGAGGACCCCGCUCUCCUUAGGAUUCAGUCAAGUUGCUCACACAGUUGCCAUACUGUUGUUAAUAGGCAUUAUCAACUGCGGCUCCAUGUCAUUCCUGACCUACGGGUUUCCCUCUGUGUAUUAUUCUGGCCAAAGUAUAACAAAGAGGACCAUUCGCACUGUGGCUUCCGGCUGUUGGCUAUUUCCGUAAAAGGGGAAUGAGCUGUUAAUGCAGGGCAAUGUCUGUGGCACCAGCUUGAUUUUUUUUUUUUUAGAAGAAUUCUGUCGAGUAUUUUAUUUUUUCUUCCCAAAGCGAAAGACAUGUUUUCAAAUUAUCUUUUUCCCACUACCUUUGAUCUCAUUCUUUGUUCAUACAUGUGUAAUGAGGAAUUUUCUCUCUCUCUCUCUCUCUCUCUCUCUCUCUCUCUCUCUCUCUCUCUCUCUCUCUCUCUCUCUCUCUCUCUCUCUCUCUCUCUCUCUCUCUCUCUCUCUCUCUUUCUCAUUCUAUCUCAUCUGGUCACAUUUUAGCUCGAACCCCCUUUUCCUGUCAUUUCUAAAGGUUGUGCUUCAGAUUUUUAUCAGUGUUUAUAUUUUAGUUUCAUUAAAAAAAAUGUAAAUAGGAAAAACGACAGCGUGACUUCAGAUCAAAGAUUUUUUAAGGUGAAGUCAUCAGAAAGGUGCAAAGGGCAUUCAAUACAUAAAUUUGACAAAUCAUACUUGACCGGUAUGAUCUACAUAUAUUAAUAGCAAGAACUUCCAAGACUGAAUGUAUUUAAGUAUGUUCACGAAACAUAGAAUAGGAAUCUAAUAGAAGAAGAAUGAAAAUAAAGUCACAAUUAUAUGAAAAAAAUAAAACAGUAUUUGUGAAUAAGAUAUGUAUAUUUCUUGCUCACGUAUUUAUGCCUUAUAUGGUUCCUGCAAUAUCCAGUCAUGUGUCUUUCAUCUCUCUCUCAUCCUGAUUGCGUCAUCCUAGCCUGCAACAGCUAUCAUAGGAUUGGCCAGUGUAUCCUUUUAAUCCUUCUGUAGGAAUGAAUGUGUUACUGGUAGAUUUAUUUCGAAAAAUCUGCUCCGGAGAGAUUUCUUAGGCGAUUUUAUUGUCCUUUAUAUUUGUAAGAUUUUUUUUUUCUGUGUUUUGUUGUGAUAGGGAGAGUGUGAGGCAUCUUAUUAACACGGGGAUGUGAGAUGUGAAGUGUUUUUAGAAUUUGUGAAAACGAUUAACAAGAAUGAUUUAUUUCCUGUCCUAAUUUAAAGAAAAAUGAUAAUGUAUAUUUCUCAAUUCACCGUUUCGUCAAUGAAUGGACGUUGAUAACUAAUGACGUGUACAAUUGGCAUCACUGUAGCCUCCAUGAAAUUCCAUAGGCCUAUACAGUAUUAUGUUCCUGAAUAUCCAUCUCGAAGCGCCUAGUGAUCCUCAGCUGUUUUAUGUUCCACAUAUUUCUAUGAUACACAUUGUAGUUUUACGCUUUCGCCAUGUUUUUUUUUUUUUUAUUCAUUUGUUCAUGUAGAAUGUGAUCUUCCAUUCAUAAUUCUCCAUCUGUAGGAAUUGCUUACGAAAAUUACUCCUAUGUGAUUUCAUUAUUUUAUUUUUAUUAUUUUUUUUCAUGUAAUCAUGGCCAAUGUUUUUUUUAUAUCAUAGUCUGCUUUAACAGUAUCUUAUAUGUCAUAUUCUACAGUAUUUUAGUGCGAUACAAUGCACACUAUACAACCAAGGGACACAUAUCACCAGGUUAUGCCAUAUAGCAUACAUUUUGCUUCAUAUAUGUAUCAUGUUUAUAUUAUUUAAUCUACGUUGGUGAGUCAUCUGUGCCUUAUCUUUGUAAGGAUAACUGUUAUAUAUAUUUUUGAUAACUGGAAUAUAACUGUCUUAUUGUUUGUGUAUAAAAGUGAACUUUGUUUA